AUAUUAAAAGCAUUGCCGCGUGUUACCUGAAAGACAGUCUGCCCGCGAACGGCUUUACGCUCGCACGCACCACGCCGCCAUUGAAACGAACUGUUCAUUCAACGAACAGAAUCGCGCGACGCAUUCGAAAUGUAAAAACAUUAAAACUUUUUCGAAUUACGAACUGAACUUUUUUUUUAAUAUCUAACACGAACUGAAUGGGACAUGUAAAUUUAAAUUGCAACCGACCAGUGUUAAAUGUAUUUUUUUUUAAUACGUUGUGUAAAUAAUAUAUUAUUGCUUUCGAUUUUUUAAAAAGUGUUGUUCUCCUAUACAAAUUGAAAUAGUGUUUGUGUAAAUAUUUUUUUAAUUUUUUUUAAAUAAAAUCCUGUGAUAUUAGAAUAAGGGAUACAGUGACAUCACGGCAGCAAGCAUGGUUGUUGCACCCGAUGUGGUCAGAACAGGGGAGAAGAAGCUUGAGGAUCAAUCACCAGUGUUCACCAUUAGCGAUGAUAUUGGGGGCUUGGACUACAGCAUGUCGUCGAUAAACUCCAGCGGAGACCUCAAGAGUCCGAACGGCACGCCCCCCGACAAGAAGAUCAACGAAUCUGAUGCUGAGAAACAACCGCUGUCUGGGAAGAAAGAAGAAAGAUGGUGGACGACUUUAAUGCAAGUGGCUGUACCAUUCUUCAUAGCCGGUUGCGGCACCAUCGGCGCUGGACUCGUUCUAGGCACAGUCAGGGAUUGGGAGGUGUUCGUGAACGUGUCGGCGAUUUUUGUACUAGUGCCAUCAUUAUCUGGACUUAAAGGCAACCUCGACAUGUGUCUGGCGUCGCGGCUGUCGACCCAGGCCAACCUGGGCAACAUGGUGUCCACCAAGGAGGUCCUCUCCAUGGUGGUUGGGAACAUAUCACUAGUACAGGUACAAGCAAUAGUGGCGUCGACAGUGGUGUCAAUGUUCGCGAUAGUGGUAAACACCAUCACGGAGCGAUCGAUCCACGGGCCUUACAUCCUGCUCAUCACCGCCUCAGCUGUCUUCACGGCCACCACCACGUGUUUCGUGUUAGACUUCGUGAUGGUAAUGGUGAUAUACUGGUCACAUAAGUUCAAGCUAAACCCUGACAACGUGGCGACGCCCCUUGCCGCCUCCAUCGGCGACAUCGUCAGCAACUCGGUGCUUGCUGUCACAGCUCAGUAUAUGUACGAACAGAUAAGAACAUCCCUUUGGCAACCUAUAACGCUCAUAUGCGUAUACUACAGCCUACUGCCGCUCUGGGUGAUUGUAGUCUGGAGGAACAAGUACACUAAGAAAGUGCUCACCACGGGCUGGACUCCUGUCAUUUCAGCUCUCUUCAUCAGUGGAAUUGGAGGAAUCGUCUUGGAUCAAGCCGUGGACCGCUUCCGAGGGUACGAAGUAUUCCAGCCUAUCGUCAAUGGCAUCGGUGGUAACCUGGUGUGCGUGCAGUCUUCGAGACUGGCCACUCAUCUCCAUCAGACGGCGAUCCCUGGGGAACUACCAGAAAACACGAGGAUCCUGGAGUGGCCGUGGAAAACUCUCUUCUUCGGAACUGCUGCAGCUAAAGUGGCUCGUAUGUUGCUGGUGCUGGCUAUUUGUGGGCAGAUCAUCUUCAUGACUGUAGCUGACUUCGUCUAUCAAGGCGUCGUCACCAUCCAGGCGGCCUUCGGUAUCACUUACGUAAUGUGUGCGACUCUACAGGUAAUGGUACUUUUAUACCUCGCAUACAUGCUAAUCCACCUAAUGUGGAAAAAGAAGAAGGAUCCUGACAAUGCGGCCAUCCCUUACCUGACUGCCUUGGGAGAUCUUCUCGGUUCAGUAUUUUUAGGUCUAGCCUUCGUCAUACUGUCCAUGUUUGGUUUAGAGUACGGUAACAACGUCCAGUGAAUUAUGAUAUAUCAAAAUUAGGUGCGAUUUUCCCCUGAAGUGGUCUUUUAAGUGUGAGACUACUAAAAAGCAUCAUCGGCGCUAACAUUGUUCGUUUUGGUGGCUUUGCACAAAAUUAUGAAUUAUUUUGGAAGACCCCAGAAAAUUAUUUUAAAUAAUGGAUUCAAAGAUGAAUUAUUAUCAAAUUAGCUUUACUCGAUAUAAGUGUGUAACUUAAAGUUUAAGUAAUGAAUUCUUUUCGUGUUUUAACUAUAUUCAAUGAAAAUGAAAUGAUAAUGACCCGUCAGUAUUGUUAUUAAAUUUUGUAGCAAGUAUUAACGAAUAUGGUGCCAAUGUUACAUGGAUGACAUUCUUAUGAUUGAACAUAAACUCGGAGAUCUUUGUAUGUGGAAGUCUUUUAUGAAUGUCGUUAGCAAAGUUAAAUCAUGCAUGUAUACUAAGUAGUGGUAUAUCGCUCUCUCACUCCAAUGGUCAAGUAUGACAGGAGUACUAGCUCUGAGUACGAGAGUAGCAUAGACUGUGAUAUGAUUCCAAAAUGUGAUUUAUUGCAAUAGCUAUCUUUUAAACUUUGACAUCACUUUUAGAGAAGGAGGACAAUAAAUCAUUUCGAGUUUUUAUAUAUUCGCUAUUGAUAUUUUUUUGUUUUUAAUAAUUGCUGCUUACUUUUUUUACAUUCCAA